UUUGUUUAUUGUUUUUGAACAAUCCUCUGCUCGAUUCUUUUCAUUUUUCCAUUCAAUUCGGCAAUCGCAUCAAAAAGUUUGCAGUCGUAGAAACGAGCCAAUCGUCAUUAUGGGUCGAGGCACACAACUUGGGGUUGUUGCUUUGAUUUUGUUCAAAUCCUAUCUCCUACUUCAACCCACUGAUAUUCAUGGCCAAGAGUUCUCAAGCGACCGCCUGGAUGUGGAUUUGACCCAGUCAAACGACGAGAUGUCGGCUUUGCCGGAGGAAGACCUGGAACAAGCCCUGGAACACGAUGUAGCAGACUCCACACCCUCAAGCAUUGUCUCGCACGAUCUCUAUCGUGGACUAGAGAUCCCGCCCAAUCGGAUCUAUCGGGAUUGUCCGGCCGACCUUUUGCCGGGUCAAUUUCUCUGCACAGACUUGCCUAUCGAUCCUGAAACUCAACAACCACGGAAUUGCCACCCUCAGACUCGGCUGGCGCCCGCCCCUUGCCAGGCCGUGCCUGGGAUCAUUUGCCGAGAAACGGGUAAUGGGACGUUCACUCGACCCAUUGCCUGUCAAUGGACCAAUGGCUACGACUUUGAUACGGCCUUGGUUCUGUCCGUAUUCCUGGGAAUGUUCGGAGCCGAUCGGUUUUACUUGGGUUAUCCGGCCAUCGGGUUGCUGAAAUUCUCCACUUUGGGCUUCUUCUUCUUGGGUCAUCUCCUGGAUGUCAUGCUCAUCGGCUCACAGGUGGUGGGUCCGGCUGAUGGCUCGGAUUAUAUUAUUGGCUAUUUUGGGGCCAAGAUACAAAUUGUGAGCAUGGAUAAUGAGACGCUUCGAAAACCUCAAUCGGAUUGGUAUUAGUACUAUUGUUUCCUCAACUCAUUCAUCAUUCAGUAUUACAUCACUUCUUCAAGUGGGCAUUCAAAUGAACUCCUCCAAGACGGUUUGAGUCUCCAUCGAGGACUGGGCUUUGCUUAUUUGGUCGGAUAUCGUCUGGGUCUCAAUCGAAUGAACGGCAUUGAUCAUAUCAGCCACGUGACAGGACGUGUGGCUUUCAGCCAGAUCCAAUUCCGUGCCCAUCACUGAAAAUACGUGCGACAAUCAAGAAUAAUCCUGUCGAGAGGGACAGGCAAAUCAACCAUGAUCCACUUUGAAACUGCUGACCUGUUUGAGUGUAAUUUGAGCAUAAGAUAUCGUCUAGAUCGAAUUGGGUGCCCGCGUCGAAUUGCUCAAAGGACAGAUCCCAAUCCGUCGAUUCGCCCACACCUUGAGACACGAAAUCCGUUUGAGUCUCUGUGGAAAAUUGCUCGAUGUCGGCCAAUUUGGGUGGACGUUGAAGUGCCCCUUCCUUCACGGUGGAAGUUGAGAUCGAAUUGGUGUGGCUAGAAUUGCCUGAUUCGGCCAACCUCACUCCAUCCGAUGGUAACAAACAAUCUGUGGAGCAAAUUGUUCCAUAAUUGCGUGAAUGAAUGAACAGCUAAUGCUCUAAAUGAGACAUUACCUUUAAUCAAUGAGUUGCAUGUAUCUGGGAUCCUCGGACUCGUUUGCGUGCUACUAGCUGCCCAAACCGGUCGCUCCGAUCGUAGUGCGAGAGCAACAUCGGAAAAAGCACCUUCAUCGAAAUCUCUUCGGGUGGGAGUUUGGGUUUGUUGCUCCUCGGUCGUCAAUAUCACUUGCAACGGAUCCAUCAGCCUUGAAAGUUGUUUUUUGACCGGUGUGGUGCCGGUUUGAGUUUCGGCGGAUCGCUUCACCCCUUCUUCGAACGUUGCAUGUUGAUGGAGACUAGAUGUCAAGGCUUGGCGUUCAAAGUCUUUUUGGAUGCCUCGAUUGACUUUCAGCGAGACUUUUUGCGACGACGAGAGCUCGCUCAGGGCCAAAGCGGCAUUGAGAUGUAAAUACGAAGGCCGAGGGGCAAUUUUGACUUGUCCUCGUUCGUUCAGAAGAGGCACGGCUGGCUAAAACGGACAAAUAAAUAUCUCGUGUCGCUCUACA